AUGGCCAAUUUGGUGUGGAAGCGCAGACGCCAAUAUGCACCAAAGGUCAAAUCGGGCUGCCGAACCUGCAAACUUAGACAUCUGAAAUGUGACGAGUCGCGACCGGGCUGUCACAAUUGCUCGACUGCAGGAAUUGUCUGUGAAGGCUAUGGAAUCUGGGGUGGUGGAACGAAAGCGACCGAGGACGAGCGCCGGAGGCAGCCAAUGCCACCUCCAAAGAGGUGCAAACUGCCAACCUUGCCCGCCGCAACUCAGAGUCUCUCUAGGCACAAUACAUCAACACCCUUCCAUAACCUCAGUCACGCAGAACGGAGCUGCUUUGACUACUUUGUCAACGAGACUGUUGUCAAAAUCCCGGGGGUAUUUUUUUCCCAUUUCUGGGCCGACCUGGUACUUCAAGCGAGCUGCUCAGAACUCCCGAUCCUGCAUGCUGCUGUGGCCCUCGCCUCCGCUCACAGAAGCGCGCAACUCAAUCUCUAUGGGAGCGCCGUGCUGUCUUCUCUCUCGUGCUGUGAUGCAAAUGGCAAUCUGGACACGCACGAAGCCUUUGCUUUGCAGCAGUAUAACAAGUCUAUUGCGUAUUUGCGUGCCUGCCAAUUCGAGGAAGACAACGAAGCCGAGCUUCGUACUGCAUUGGUUGCGUGCGUACUGUAUAUCUCUCUGGAAUUGCUCCGAGGGGACUACACAACUGCCAUGAUCCAUGCCCGGCACGGAUUGAAUCUGCUGAGCAAGUUAAAACAGGACGUGGAGAAGCAGGCACUUUGUCCCAAGAGACUGCCUGAGACGAUAGACGACUAUUUGGUCGAAGCAUUCACACGACUCAGCCUCCAAUCAGCCCAUGUGGGAGCUGUCGAUGCUCUUUUCAGUGUCUUCCAACAGCAGAAGUUCUUCACUGAUUGGAGACUUCCCCAAGUCUUCCCAGCUCUGGCACAGGCCCGGCGGACUUUCGAUUCUCUCAUGCAGGCCAUUUUAACUCUGGCGGAGCAAUGUCGCCGGCUGGAAGUCAUGGGAACAGCCUUCCCGGAGGAGCUCAUUCAACAGCACCGCUCGCUUCGGGAAACAACUUCAUCGUGGAUCCGGACUUUCAGGGCGAGCCUUCCGACAUUGAAUCGAACCACCAAGCCAGCAAACAUGCAGGGAUUAUCGCUUUUGUGUAUCUACCAUACGAUGGCGGACAUCAUGGUCGACACUAUGUUAUCCACUUCCGAAAGGUGUUUCGAUGAGUUCACUUCUGCAUUCACGUCGAUAAUCACGAAGACAAUCGCGCUGUACCACAACACCAGCGACACUCCAUGUCGUCAGUUAUGCAACGACGCACGUGUCUCCGGGUUCAGUUUUACGGUGGAUUUGGGUACCAUCCCUCCGCUGUUAUAUGUUGCGUUGAAAUGCCGAGUACCCUGGUUGAGGAGGCAGGCGAUUGCAUUGCUCCUCGCGGCGCCGCACCGUGAAGGCUUUUGGGAUGGUGUGAUCGUGGCACACAAUGCGCACACAGUUAUGGCGAUGGAAGAGAAGGGAUUUUUCGAAGAUUUUGUCCUGGAUCUCGACUCUCAACCUUUCGAUUCCCCAGUCCAGAAGAAUGAGCGAUAUCUUCAUCGUAUUCCUAAACUCCCAGUCACGGCUCGAUUCUGUCAUGUCAAGGUCGUGAUGAGUCGACUCAAAGUGGGCAUGGGGAAGUUGGUUUGUUGGCGACGGAGCGAUAACAGCAACGGAGGCUGGGAUGAAGUGGUUGAGGAUUUCGAUCUCAGCGCUGCGGACAGAGGGGAUCCACAGGGUAUUUAUUUCCUUGGUUGA